GACGAUAACAGUCGGCCAUUUUGUUUCCAACCAUGUCGAAAAUAAAGAAGUCUCUUGAUUUUGUGGGAAAAAUUGGAGGUGUUCAAGGUGCCUUUUGGCGUUUUCUUAGAGAGGGAACAGCRAGAAUAGGAACAUGUGUUGGAGAGGACAAGUAUGGGAAUAAAUAUUACCAAAAUGACUGGUAUUUUUACGGUCGAAAUCGCUACGUAGUUUACCCRUAUGCGGGUCGCAUGGAGUACGAUGCAACGCAAGUUCCAGCGGAAUGGCAUCGUUGGCUGCAUUACAUGACUGAUGAUACUCCAGUCGCAGUAAAACCUGUACAGAGAAAGUUUCUUUUGGAUCAUGAAAGGAAUUAUUCGGGAACCAAGCAAGAAUAUGUUCCUUACAGUACAACAAAACCAAAGAUUGAGUCUUGGGAACCUCCAAAGAACUCUUGAAAGUGAGUUGAUUUGCACAAGAAGAACUGCUUAAAGACUGGACUUAUUUUUGAAGCGUUUUGAAACGAUUAUGUGUUUAUAAUGAAGUUGAAUUUAAAAACGAAGAUGAAAUGUACAGAGUCAAUUUAAUCAUUGAAAUAUUCAAAAUUGUUGUACCCUCCACAGGCAGCCCGACCAUUGAAAUCAUGACAGCGGUGGGCUGCCUAUGUAUCAUCAUUUUACCCAAUUUURCCCCUUACAUUUUUCAUGAAARCUUUUCGGAUUUGUUAAAACCCGGUUAAAAAGAACUUUGUACAUUUAAUGAAGUUAAAAAAUAUAUCAACUCGAUGGAACAAGUUUCAUUAUGAUUUUUAACAUCUGGAGGAAAAUUUUGUAGACUAAUCAGAAGUGAGCCUGUUUAUUUCCGUGAUUAUAUUCGAGCACUUCUAAAAGUAAAACUAGUAUAGAGAAACAAUCAYAAUAGCAGGACUAUCUGCUUCGUUAUGACGAAGUUUUAAGACACAGAAGUAAUGGCAGUCUUUUAUCUGACCUCAAUCUCAAUGCUUUGAAAAUAGUUGUGGUAAAUUACAUGCUUGACCUUUGUGGGACAGUAAAACUGGUGGGUCUUUGCCAAGAUUUUGUCUGUCAUUGCUCACCUGAUGGAUAUUGUAGAGCCACGUCAUGUCUUAGCUCAACUUCUUGUUUUCUUUAAGGAGUAUAGUACAUGUAUUGGAGUACUCGGUCUGCAAUCAACAGAUUGAUUGUACAGUUUCUAAGAGGAAGAAUUGAAGAUAUAAAAUAAUAUGA